AUGAAUGGUGUUGAUGAUGAUGCGAGUGGAGAAGACGACGAAAAGCGUGAUGGUGUGAUUCUCUUGACAACGACCUUGAAGAUCACCUUGACGACGAGGGCGAAUUUAUUGCUGAAGAAUGUGAUUUUGCUGAUGGAGAUGACUGUAUGGAUGGUGUUGAUGAUGAUGCGAGUGGCGAAGACGACGAAAAGCGUGAUG